CAGAAGGAGGGAGCUGCAGCCAUCAGCUCCCACUCCUGCAGCUCCUGCACAUCCAGGACCUGCUCCCAGGAGGUGCCAUGGAGGGAGAGGAGGAUCAUCAGCAGAGCGUGGUGAAGCUGGUGGCUGUGUUUGAAGAGCACUGCAGGGACAGCAAAUUUGCCUGGAGGGAGAAGCAGGCUCUGCACAGCCAGACCACUGCUGCAGCCAAGCAGCCCCAGCAGCUUCCAGCAUCUCCUGCCUGCCAGAGCCUCUUCCCGAGGGCUGCAGGGCUCCAAGGGGAGCAGGAGCAGGAGGAGGACGAGGAGCAGCGAGGUCAGCGUGGACUCAGCUUCAAGUGCCUCCGUUCCUUGCGACACAAAAUCCGUGAGGACAACUGGAGGAGGCCCCAGGGCCCAGGGCUGGAGCCUGGCAGGGAGGAACCAGAGGAAAAGAAAAUCGCUCUGGAGCUGCUGGAGACAGAGCAGGCUUAUGUCAACCGCCUCCACCUCCUCGACCAGGUGUUCUAUGCAGAGCUGAUGAAAGAAGCCAAAACUGGGAAGACGGUCCCAGAGGAGGUGGUGAAAAUGAUCUUCUCCAACAUCUCCUCCAUCUACCAGUUCCACUCCGAGUUCUUCCUGCCAGAGCUGCGGAAGCGCAUGGAGGACUGGAACUGCAACCCCCGGAUUGGGGAUGUGAUCCAGAAACUGGCACCGUUCCUCAAGAUGUAUGGAGAGUACGUGAAGAACUUCGACAAGGCCGUGGAGCUCAUCACUGCCUGGUCAGAGAAAUCCCCUCCCUUCCAGGAGCUCAUUGCUGACAUCCAGAAGAGGAAGGUCUGUGCUAAUCUAACGCUGCAGCACCACAUGCUGGAGCCCGUGCAGAGGAUCCCGCGCUACGAGCUCCUCCUGAAGGAUUAUGUGCGCAAACUGCCGCCUGAGUCGCCCGACCGGGGCGAUGCCCAGAAGGCCCUGGAGAUGAUCUUUAUGGUGGCCAAGCACUCCAACGCAGCCAUUGCCGAGAUGGAACGGCUGCAGAACCUCUGGGGGGUCUAUCAGCGGCUGGGCCUGGAGGAUGACAUUGUGGAUCCCUCCAACCAGCUGAUCAAGGAGGGACCCAUCCAAAAAGUCUCCACCCGCAACAACAGCACGUCGGAGAAGUACCUGUUCCUGUUCAACAACAUGCUGCUGUACUGCGUGCCCAAGGUCAUCCAGGUGGGCGCUGAGUUCCAGGUCCGCCUCCGCAUGGACGUGGAUGGCAUGAAGGUGUGGGAGCUGAAGGACACAGAGUUCCCUCACACCUUCCUGGUCUCGGGAAAGCAGCGGACGCUGCAGCUGCAGGCCAGGUCUGGAGAGGAGCUGGACGCCUGGAUCAAGGCCUUCCAAGAUGCCAUUGGCAGGAAGGAGAAGAGGAGUGAGACCUUUAAGGCAGCAGUACAGGGACUGGAGACAGACACCCCUGCACUGAAGACGGAGGAGCUGGGCCGCCGAGCUCCGCAGUGGGUGCGGGACAACCUGGUGACCAUGUGCAUGCGCUGCAGGGAGCCCUUCAACGCCAUCACACGCCGGAGACACCACUGCCGAGCCUGUGGAUAUGUGGUGUGUGCUCGCUGCUCUGACCACAGGGCCGAGCUGCAGUACGAUGGGAACCGCCUGAACCGCGUCUGCCAGGAGUGUUACAUCUUCCUGACGGGCCACACGGUGCUCGAGGGCCGGGAGGGGAAGCACAAAGGCAUCCUGGAGAAAGGAGCUGCAGAGGUGUCAAGCAGGAGUUUGCUCUGCAGUUCCCUGCAGCUGCUGGACAAGAACGGCAAGGGGGGGACGCGGGGCUGGUUUGUGAUCCCCCAGGAUGAUCCCCUCGUGCUGUACAUCUACGCAGCCCCCCAGGACGUGCGAGCCCACACCUCCAUCCCCCUGCUGGGCUACGAGGUGAAGGACCUGCCCCAGAGCGACUCCCGCCACCUCUUCCAGCUGGCGCAGUCCGGGCAGGUUUACACCUUCCUGGCCGACACCGAGGAGCUGAAGCGGUGCUGGAUGAGGGCCAUGGCACGCUCUGCCGCAGGGAUCACACCCCCAGAGGAGGAGGAGGAGGAUGCAAACCCCUGCGACAAAGCAGAAUGAGGCCGUUCCCACCCCUGGGCUGCCUGGGGAGUCACCUCCCCAGCCUGCCCUCGGCUUCAUGCAGACCCCUGACAUCUCUGCAGUUUGCGUUUUCAUCAUGAAAAGGACAAGCUGGAGGGGUACAUUUGCCACCGCACAGAUUCCCCUUCCCCUCCGUCCUUGCUCUCCGCGCUGGACGGAGAUGAGGUGGAAGGAGAUGGGGGUGGAUUUUGGGGCGGCCUCGCCCCUGCAGCCCUCCCCGGCCGCCGUGCAGUACCGCCGGUGGCCACGCGAGGGCAGCACCGCCCCGUCCUUGCUCCAUCCCCGCUCCGGGGAUGCCCGGAGUCCUGAAAUCCGUGGAAUUGGGAUUGCUGAGAUAAAUCCCGCCCGCGACCCCUCUCUGCGGUCCAUGCAGCCUUUUUUGGGGGGUGUAUUUCCCAUGGGAUUGUCCCUGUGGCUCCACAUUGCCGUACCUGUCACCAGCCCUGAUCUGACGCCCUGCAGGGCCCCGGUUUGUGGCUCACCCGCACAGCUCAGGGACCCCAGGGCUGGGUUCUGGA